UACACACAACAGUCGUGCUCAGAAGAAAGUUGUUUUGAUCAACCAAUUCAUACAAAUAUCGUCAAGAGAAGCGAUCACGGGGGUUUUAGCACUUCUUCCUUGGUUUCUGUGCUAAGCAUUUUCUCGUGCUUCACUGUCUCCUUCGUGCUUUUGAUUAAACCAGGUUCCUGGCUUCUUCACUGUUAGGAGGCCAGAGAGGAACCCAGCGACUGACUCCUGCAUCUACAGUCAAGGGUUUGGAGAAGAUAUGGGAAUCUUUUCACGCAGUUCGAUUAGUAGGAAAUCAAAAGAUGGAAUGAAGAUAAUUGCAACUGCAUUUUUUGGAGUAACGUUCGGCUUUUUGAUUGGAAUAUCUUUUCCAUCAUUAUCAAUCACUAAGGUGAGUCUCCCAACAAACUUUCUUCCUUCAAACGGUAUCUCAUAUAUAGAGGAAAAGGGUUCAGCAAUUGCAACUCCAGAUAGUCAUAAAUCUUGGUCAUCUUCAAAGAGUAAUGAUAGCAGCUCAUCUGGUCCAAUCGACAAAUCAAAGGCAUGCUUCUACUCCUUUAACUAUUAUGACUAUUGUGGAACUUUUACAAAUUUGAUAUGGGUUCCUUCAAAUCCUCGUGGUACUGAAAGAUUGCCACCGGGUAUGAUUGCUGCUGAAUCAGACUUCUAUUUGCGCAGAUUAUGGGGCUUACCGCAGGAGGAUUUGACCAGCCAACCAAGAUACCUCGUGACGUUUACUGUGGGCAUAAAUCAGAAAGAAAAUAUUGAUGCUUGUGUUAAGAAGUUUUCAGAGAACUUCACUAUUGUCUUGUUUCAUUAUGACGGCCGAGUAACUGAAUGGGAUGAGUAUGAAUGGUCCAAGAAUGCUAUUCACAUUAGUGUGCGAAAGCAGACAAAAUGGUGGUAUGCAAAGAGGUUUUUGCACCCUGAUAUUGUAGCAAGAUAUGAUUAUAUAUUCAUAUGGGAUGAAGACCUUGGAGUCGAGAAUUUUAAUGCAGAAGAGUACAUAAAGCUCGUGAAGAAGCAUGGCCUGGAGAUUUCACAACCUGGUUUGGAACCAAACAAGGGGUUAACAUGGCAAAUGACAAAAAGAAGAGAAGAUCUUGAAGUCCACAAGAUAACAGAAGAAAAACCUGGAUGGUGCUCAGAUCCUCAUCUCCCUCCAUGUGCUGCAUUUGUGGAGAUCAUGGCUCCUGUAUUUUCAAGAGACGCCUGGCGAUGCGUGUGGCACAUGAUCCAGAAUGAUUUGGUUCACGGUUGGGGACUUGACUUGGCACUCAGAAGAUGUGUUGAGCCUGCACAUGAGAAGAUAGGUGUAGUAGAUUCUCAGUGGGUCGUCCAUCAAACUGUCCCUUCCCUUGGCAGCCAAGGUGAGGCAACAGACGGCAAAGCACCAUGGCAAGGGGUGAGGGACAGAUGCAAAAAUGAGUGGACCAUGUUCCAGAGUAGAAUGGCUAACGCAGAGAAGGAUUAUUUCAAGUCCUUAAAAGUUGAAGGCUCCUCCAAUUCAACAGCAACCACCAGCUAA